UCGAAGUAAUGUCGUCGUUGUCGUCGAGAUCACGAAACUCGGAUCUCUCCCGACGCCCUUCUUCCAAUUUCGCCUCCGCUACAAAGCCCAAGCCCACCACCACCACUGCACACCCGUCUUCCUCCUCUGCGCACCCCCAAUCCCUUAACAACUACCAGAACAGCAACACUAGUACGACGCCGGCCCUUCCAAUCGGCUCCAUGACCGUUGACGGCCUCCUUUACGACUCCAACCCCACCCCUAUGACCGACGCCACCCUCUUCAACGCCCAAAUUACCCUACUUGACUCCUCCGCAGAAAUUAAUAGCUCCACUGCGCCGCCGCCGAAGACCGUUGACGAAGUUUGGCGGGAAAUUGUGUCCGGCGAAUGUCGGAAGGAGUGUAAAGAGGAGGUUCCCGAUGAGAUGAUGACUCUGGAGGACUUUUUGGCUCGGGCCGGGGCCGUGGAAGAGAACGACAUUAAGGAUUUUCCGCUUGCGCCGCCGCCGCCCGAGACGGAGAGAUUGAGCAGCGGAGUGUUUUCCUUCGAUCAGAUCCCGCUCAGCCCGUUCGGGUCGAUUGAUAAGGUUGAAGGGUCGAUAGUCGGGUUUGGAAAUGGGCCGGACCCUGCUGGGAGUGGAGGAGGAGUGGGGAGACGGAAGAGGGGGCGCGCCGUUAUGGAGCCGAUGGAUAAGGCGGCGCAGCAGAGACAGAGAAGGAUGAUCAAGAACCGGGAAUCGGCAGCCAGGUCCAGAGAGAGAAAGCAGGCUUAUCAAGUUGAAUUGGAGUCAUUGGCAGUCCGGUUAGAGGAGGAAAACGAGCAGCUUUUGAAAGAACAGACUGGGCGGACUCAGGCAAGACUUAAGCAGUUUGGCCCAUGAGCGAGCUAAUGGAAAACAUCAUUCCGGUUGUGGAGAAGCGAAGGCCACUCCGUGUGCUCCGGAGAGUUCGCUCAUUGCAGUGGUAAGAAUGUAUAUGCUUGAGGUGUGACGUGGAAACCAAAAUCGUUUCAAGACCUAGGAGGAAAAAGUAUGGAAGUAUUCGACUUGGAAUCUGAUUGUCCAAAGUGGAUAAUUCAACCUGAUGAUAUUAUCAUUUUUAAGAGCUACCGUGGUUCGUGGUUUGUUUUUUGAGAGAGAUUGCAACCCAAGUAACGAAGGUCAUUACUUAAUUAGGAAAAGAUGGCGUCAAUGAGGGAGAUAGAAGUAGAGAGCCUUAUUAAGUAUGUAGUUAAGAGGUGAUGAAAGCCUCUUUUCCCCCGAUUAUUGAUUUGAGGGUGAAGUAGAGGAUCGGGAUCCAGAAUUAGGUUAUUAUGUUUAGAUGGCUUAUGACACCUUUCCGGAAAUGUAUGAAGAUUGAUCUUUAGUGCUAUGUUUAUAUAAAGAUGACCUUGCAUUAUA